AUGUCCUACAUGGAAGAAGAAGACCACGGGUCCUCCCCUGAGCAGCGACUUGGUAAUCUAGAGGAAGCCAUGCAGCGAAUAGAGGGACUCCUCAACAACUUCAUAAUCGAACAGCAGCAGCCUGCCCCUGUCCCUGCCCCGUCUCCGGCAGUGGGUCCAGGUGUAUUUACUGGCCAACAGGCCAGCUCGAGACCCCUCAUCCGCCCCAAUCCCCCAUUCGCGUUUGACGGAGAUCGCACCCAGGGCAAGACGUUUCUCCAUUCCGUCAAGCAGUACUGGCGCCUCCUCCCUGAGGCCUUCCAUGUGAACGGGGUAGUAUCAGAAGAGCGGGUGGUACGUUUCGCCCUCUCCUACAUGUCCAAGGACUCGGCGGCCUCCUGGUCAGAACGCAUGUCAGAGCGCCUCGUCUUCCCAUUUCCGACCUGGUCCUCCUUUGUGGCCGAGUUCAAGCUCCGCCUCACAAACUACUCGGAGUGGCGCACCCGCGCAUUCCGCCAGUACAACGCUGAGGUGGCUGCCCGGGCCGCACGAGGACAGGCGUUCUCUCCACACCGCGCCCCGCCUCCGGUGGCUCCCCGUCCCCGCCCCGUGGCUGCUCCGUCCUCCCACCGGGCAUUCCCAUGGAGAUCGACCGAACCAGAGCCCGCACCGGUGUUUGUCGCACCUGCUUCCGAUGCGGCAGCCCAGGACACCUGGCCCGAGACUGCCCGACCCCCGCUGAUGUCCGGCACGCUGACGUCCUGGACGAAGUGA